CGCGUCGCCCCUCUCCCUCCCUCCUUCCCCGCCGCGGGAGGCCGCCCGCCGCCACUGCCUCCGGAGGAGGGCGUGGCUCGGGUCGGCCCCGCCCUUCCUCGCCGGUGAUUGGCGGCGGUGAGCGCCCGUCGGCGGGGGGGGGGGCGGUGCCCGGCGCGGCCACGUUCGGGUGCGCGGCCAGCGGCGCGGCGGGCGCAGCGAGCGGCGGUGGCGGCGGAGCAGCGCGGGGCGAUGGGGGCGCGGCGGCGGCCGGCGCUCUGACAGCCCCCGGCGCUCCUUCAGCGGCGGGCAGAGCGGCUCCCGGCGGCGGCGGCCGCCCCCCUCCUCGGCGCGGACCAUGUUCGCUAAAGGGAAGGGCUCGGCGGUGCCCUCGGACGGGCAGGCGCGGGAGAAGCUGGCGCUGUACGUCUACGAGUACCUGCUGCACGUCGGCGCCCAGAAGUCGGCGCAGACCUUCCUGUCCGAGAUCCGGUGGGAGAAGAACAUCACUCUGGGCGAGCCCCCCGGCUUCCUGCACUCCUGGUGGUGCGUGUUUUGGGACCUUUACUGCGCAGCUCCCGAAAGGCGAGACACUUGUGAACAUUCGAGUGAAGCGAAAGCCUUUCAUGACUACAGCGCAGCUGCCGCCCCGAGUCCUGUGCUUGGAAACAUUCCCCCGAACGACGGGAUGCCCGGGGGCCCCAUCCCGCCCGGUUUCUUCCAGGGACCGCCUGGGUCACAGCCCUCGCCACACGCACAGCCUCCACCCCACAAUCCUAACAGCAUGAUGGGACCCCACAGUCAGCCGUUCAUGUCGCCACGCUACGCCGGAGGUCCCCGGCCCCCCAUCAGGAUGGGCAACCAGCCCCCGGGUGCCGUUCCCGGUACACAGCCGUUGCUGCCCAACUCUAUGGAUCCCACGCGACAGCAAGGGCACCCAAACAUGGGCGGCCCCAUGCAAAGGAUGAAUCCUCCGCGAGGGAUGGGCCCCAUGGGUCCCGGUCCGCAGAACUACGGCAGCGGCAUGAGACCUCCACCCAACUCCCUAGGUCCCGGCAUGCCUGGAAUUAACAUGGGGCCGGGAGCCGGCAGACCGUGGCCGAACCCCAGCAGUGCUAACUCAAUCCCAUACUCUUCUUCAUCGCCUGGUACAUACGUGGGUCCGCCCGGCGGCGGCGGUCCUCCAGGGACACCCAUCAUGCCCAGCCCCGCAGAUUCAACAAAUUCAAGUGACAACAUCUACACAAUGAUUAAUCCAGUACCGCCCGCAGGCAGUCGAUCGAAUUUCCCGAUGGGCCCCGGCUCCGACGGUCCCAUGGGAGGUAUGGGCGGCAUGGAGCCCCAUCACAUGAACGGAUCGUUAGGGUCAGGAGACAUAGAUGGACUUCCAAAAAAUUCUCCAAACAACAUAAGUGGCAUUAGCAAUCCCCCGGGCACUCCAAGAGACGACGGGGAGCUGGGAGGCAACUUUCUCCAUUCCUUCCAAAAUGACAAUUAUUCCCCCAGCAUGACGAUGAGUGUGUGAUUUCCCUCCCCCUCCUCCUCUCCAGGAUCAAGAGAGUCAGCUGCCGUUCGGAGGAUCUCAACGAAUUAUGCAAGAAGAAGAAGAAGAAGAAGCUAGGUGUAUGGGCAGGGAGACGCGUGGCGGGGGCCAAAACCCCAGGUUUAGUUUCAUGCAAUAAAAAGGCUGAACUUUUUAUUCCAUAAAACAUGAAGGACAAAACUUAAAAUAUUUCAAGACAUGACAAGACCCUUCUUUGUGCAGAAGGGUUUAUAUAUGUACAUGACACUUCUUUUUGGAAACAAACGGAAGCCUCUAGCACCCAACUCCGAUCUCUUUGCUUUGUUCUUUUAAAUAAAGACAGAAACCGAACCUGUUGUAUGUUUGUGCCGUGCGACACCAGGAAGCUAGUCUAGAUAUGAAAUCUCAUGUUGUCUCUGUUGUAGUCAUUUUUUUAAAUAAACUGGACAGUUUACAAUGGUGGUUUUCGUUCAGAAGGCCUGUUGUUUUUUUGGUUUUUUUCUUUUGGGUUUUUUUUUCCCCUUCUAUUUUUGGUUGGUGGUUUGUUGGUUUUGGUUGGGUUUUUUGGUGGUUUUUUUUUUUUGGUUCGUUUGCAGCACAACGCUUCCUCCUCCAGUUAACAAGAUCUGCUUUGGGGAAGAGACUCCACCACCUCGUUAUAAACUUGUUAACGCAGGUGACCCCUUCUAGGAUCACAUCCUCGAAUGAAUCGUGAUCUUGCUCUCUGUGACUGUGGCAUGCACUGUGUUAGUCUUCCCCCCCCCGAGUACAAGAAGAAAUCUCUGUCCCUCCCUUCCCCAGAGUCCUUCAGCUGGUUCACUGCAAAAAUCGAUUUUUUUACCAGUUGGUUUUUUGUUUUGGUUUGGUUUGGUUUGUUUUUUUAAAUCCACCGAAAGAAAGGGUUAAUCUGACCUGGGACUUUGAAACUGUGAUCUCCAGCUAACUUUGGGGUUUUUUUUCUUUGGGGGGGGGUAUUUACUUUGGGGGUAUUUGGGGGGGGGUGUCUUUUCUUUAGAGAUGUGCUCUUGUCAGGGUUUCACUUAUCUAUGAUUUGGAACUGGAUGGAGAUAUUUUUUAAGGAAUUCUUGUUGUUAAAAAUGUAACCUUGCUAUUCUGUAGGCUCGCUCUGUAAUAAAAUAAAAAUUAAUGGCAAGCAUCGAAGGCCCUUCCUUCUGGCGGGAGAGGAAGGGACGAGCCAAGGCGGCGGGUUGGGAUCUCUGUACAUGACACUACCCUGUAGUUUGGUCUUUGUUUUUCUCCAGCUCCCAUUUCUGCUCCAUGUAUAUCAUAUUCUGUAAAAUAUUCUCUCCCUUGGAUUUGACCUUUGUGCGGAUUAUUGAAAGCAUUGUAUCUUGUUUCAGUGUUUUUUCUUACCUUGUAGUCUGGUUCGAAAAUUACCGAGAGGGGAAAAAAAAAAAAAAAAUUAUUAUACAUUGUAGUUUGUGUACGAUAUUUGUUGAUAAUGUUUUAUUAAAGGGAUGUCUUUUUUCCGCACCCCUUCAUUGAAAUGUUUUUGGGGAACA